AUGUUUAGAUCAAAGGAACUUAUUUUUCAAGAAAAUUCUAAUCAUUUUACUCCAUCAAAACUGAUGACAAACGAAAAAAUAACCAAUUAUUUACGUCACAUUGGAUUACAAACUGAUUAUCGAGAGGAAUCAACACAAACAGAUCCUUUUUCACCAACAUAUACCAUUUCUGGUGGUGAACAUCCUGAAGUAUUCGCUUUAUCUGACUUUACUUAUGGUAGAAAAGGUUUACCGGUAACAUCUGUUGAAAUUUCUUUUAUCGAACGCUUACGAGCUCGUCGUGAGUGGGAGCAAGAGCAUACGAUAGAUAUGACACGUGCAAAAAUAGUUAUUGAACGUGAAAUACGUCAAUGGCAAAUACGUGAAAAAGAAAUCAAAAUGUUACAAGAUACACAUCAUAAAUUAUUUACAAAAAAUCUUUAUACUUAUAUUAAAACUGAUGAAGAUCUUACACAAAAUAUCAUUGAUUUAUUUAUAUAUCGACAAGAAAAACAAUUGCAAUCACAGCAUAAACGACUUGAAAUUGAAACAUCUCGAGAUAUUCGUCGUAUAAAACGUAUGUAUCGAUUACGAGAAGCUCAAAUAAAUGCAGUGACAAGUUAUAAUCAUUUGGGAGUUAUUGGUAUGAAUCAACGUGGGAAUGGUUGUUUUACUUCGUUGAAACCACCAUGGCGUAAACGACCCGAUGAUAUAAUAACUACUUUUAAAAAUACAACUUCUAAAAUAAAUACACCUUGUUCUAGUUUUAAUUAUUUGAUUGAUCGAAAUAUUCAUCAAUCUCGAAUAAAUAUAUUCAAAUUAGAAGAUUUAUUACCUAAAAAUGCUUUAAUUACAGAAAUCGAUGAACCGUAUCGAUUAAUGAUACUUAAAAACAAUCAUUAUAAAAAAUCAUCUCGUCAUAUUCGAGAUUUAGAGAAAGCUCAUCAAUUGAUUCAAGACGAAAAAACUAAACAAUUAUUAAUACCAGAAAAAAAAUCUCUUCGAUUUGUAGAAAAAAUCGAAUUAAUAAAUCAUGCUAAACAAUCACAAACAAUACCAACACAAAUAGAAAGACAUGAUCAUCGUCGUAUAGCUAUUAUCAAACUACAAAAUUACUUACGUGGUAUUAUUGUUCAAUCAAAAGUAAUUAUUCUCGUCUUUUUCUUUCUUCAUUCGAAACAACUUUUUUAUGAAUUAAGGAAUGGAUUAAAACAUGAUAAAAUAUCAUCAUUAAAUAAUACCAAUGAUAACGAUAGCAACACAUUGAUAUCACCAUGUACUCAAAUAUAUGAUUAUCUUGAAGGUGCAACAAUGGCUGAUAUGUUUGACUUUUUAUCAAAAGAACUUCUUCGUCUUCAAUGUGAACAAAUAAUUCAUUUGUUUGUAUUACUUGCUGAUCGUUAUCGAUAUCAACGAGAAACAACAGAAACUGCUUGUCGUACAAGAUCUAUUGAACGACAGAUGUUUGAAGAUUGUGCACUUCAAGAAAUGUUUUCAUUGGAUUCAAAUAAUGAUAUUAAAUCUUAUUUAGAAGAUCUGAUUCUUGAAUCAAUUUCAAAUACUGCUAAUGAACAAGCAAAAUUAGAAAUAAAACAAAUAACUGAAACAUUAAUUAAUAUAACCGAUGAAAUAAAUAAUUCUUUAUUAAAUCAAGCUGGCAUCGAAAUGAUUGUAUCUGAACUUGUUCAUCAUUUUCUAUUUCCUACAGUUCAAAAAAUACUUACUCAAGAAAAAUAUAAAAAUUUCAAUCUGCAUAUCAAAUUACCCGCAAUCAAAAAAUAA